AUGCCGCAAUGGCAAGUAGGAGCCGAAGCCGAAGCCGAAGCCGAGGCCGAAGAUCAGCAGCAGGUCAACGCUGCGGAUGCCAAAGCUUUCUUAACGGGGGACAUCUUGCCCGAGACAUACAUCGCGAUCCAUAUUCUCCCAACCACACCCAGUUUGCAUCUCAUCAUCAGUUGGGGCUCUAUGCAACAGAUGGAAAAAUCAGCCCGAGCAUUUUCUCAUUAG